AAAAUGAAAAAAGAAAAAAAUAGUCAUACCUCAAUUCAAGAUCGUUUGUCUAUUCAACCGCACCUCAAUCCACGACAACUACCAAAUAAAAGGGCCCACCUCAAGCAAACCAACGUCGCCCCUAAGCAAAUAAACCGUUUCUCUCUCCCACGUCAAUAGCAACCGUCAUCAUGUUGCUCUUCUGCCCCCAUUGCGCAAACAUCCUCACCGUCUCCCUCACAAAUACACGAACCAACCGUCUCGAAUGCCGAACUUGCCCUUUCGAACAUCACAUCACCGAGCCCGUCUUUUCGCGACGGAUGUACGAGCGUGUCGAGAAGGAAGAUGUCUUUGGCGGUCCUGGCGCCUGGGACAAUGCGCAAAAGGGUCGUGUUCAGUGUCCCAACGAAGGGUGCGAGGGAGAUGAGGCAGCAUUCUUCCAGGUCCAGAUUCGUAGUGCUGAUGAGCCCAUGACGAGUUUUUACAAGUGCAUGACCUGUGGUCACCGGUGGAGAGAAAACUGAGUUUGGGGAAGGAUUCCUUUGGAUUUUGUAGCGAAAGGGUUUUCUUUGUGCGAGGAGAAACGGAGUUGGGCCAUCAUACUUGUCUUUCAGAGGUGUUUAAGAAUCUGUUCCACCAGGCGUCGCACUGUUCUUGAUAACGGAAUGCUUCUUUUUCUUGCGUGGGGUUUUUCGCUUUCGCGGGGUGUCAGGCAUACUUUCGUUCACAGGGUCAUCCUGAGUCCUCUUGUUGUUACUCGUGCCUUUCGUACCAUCCUGCGAAGGGCUGUUCAGCUUGGCAGGGACCUUCUAGCUCUCUCGGUGCCAAUCGACUGAUGCCUUCAUGCCCUCCUCCAUUAGUGCCCUCACGACAUCAGGGCUGAUGAUCUGUUGCCGGAACGUCUCCUGCUGGAGGAGCUCGAGAUGUCGUAGUGUCGGGCCGGGGUACGUUAGGUACUUGAGAUACGGCGGUUUGCUCCAGUAUUGUAGGUAGGCAAGAUAUGCGACAAAGGCGGGUUGGCUGAGAAGCUUCUGGGAGGCAAGAUGGUUGAGGUAGGCCGGGUUUGCGAGGGACUGAACAAACUGUGCGCAGUAUCUGUUAGUUAUGGGUUCAUAGCGCUACUAAAUGAGAGUGCAAACAAACCUCAAGCUCAACCUCGAAUCGUGAAUAGCCACCAUAUUUGGGCUCU